UAACUUUUAACAUUCUUGCUCUUGCUUUACAAUUUACAUGCUUGUUUCUCUCUGUUCGUGUUUGGUGGGUGGCAAUUGGCAAGUGGCAACAGUCAAACCAUCAUCCAAGCCACAGCUAGCCUUGUUUUCUUCUCCCAGGCGACCUCUGCUUCCACAAGAAUCCGGAAGAUCGAAUAAGUUAUUUCUUCCCCAUUAGUUUUUUUGAGCUUUUGCAGGGUGUUUGAGGGAUUGAAUCUAGUGUUUACUUACCCUUUCGAGAAAGUUCAGUGCUUUGAGUUUCUCGGGUUUCCCUUUCUGAGACUGUGAGUAGUUAUGUAAGAUCAUGAAUGGAAGGAGAGAUAUGAGAAUGGUGGAAAUUUGGAAGCCUUUUGUUGCUGUUCUUUUCACUAGGUUUUGAAAUGGGAGAUCUACCCAAGUUAUGCUGAGAAAUUUUGUUUGCGGGUGUCUUAGGAAUUUUGUGACUUUCAUUCUCAUUGAAUCGAGCUUGGAUUGAUAUGGAUGGUUCAAGCAUGGGUGGUCGGUUUAUGUUAGGAUCAAUUGGGGGGAGCUUGGACCUAGAAGCUCCUCCGAUGCAUCGAAAUCAACAUAGCCAGAUGGGUAAUCACUCGAUGCAUCAUCAUCACCACCGGCAGGUGAACUUAACUGGUGGGAUUGAUAACGAUGGGCAGUCGAUGGGGCUAAUGGAAUCGAUAGGUCUGGCUCGUAAAGGGCAUCCGGCGAGUUAUGGGAAAGCAAAUGACGAUGAUCUUAGUGAAGAAGAUGAUGAUCCAAACUUGAUGGAAGAUGGGCAGGCAGCCAACAGUUUGAAGGGUACGAAGAUAUCUCCGUGGCAUCGGAUGAAAUGGACCGAUAAUGUGGUGAGGCUUCUGAUUGCUGUUGUUGCUUAUGUGGGCGAUGAUGGUCCGGAAACUGGCGAGAGCCACAAGAGGAAAUCUGUGGUUCUGCAGAAGAAAGGCAAGUGGAAGACUGUUUCGAAGGUCAUGAUCGGUAAAGGCUGUCACGUUUCGCCCCAGCAGUGUGAGGAUAAGUUCAAUGAUUUGAACAAGAGGUACAAGAAGUUGAAUGACAUUCUUGGGAGGGGAACAAGUUGCCAAGUUGUGGAAAACCCCGGCUUGAUGGAAUCGAUGCCUCAUCUUUCGUCCAAGGCCAAGGAUGAAGUUAGGAAGAUACUGAGCUCGAAACAGUUGUUCUACCAGGAGAUUUGUGCUUACCAUAAUGGACAAAAGAUCCCCAAUUGCCCUGAUGUGGAUCUCCAAGGAUGUUCAUUACCCGUGAAGGGACACUGGAGAGAGAAUGAUGGUUCUGACGAGGAUGAGGAGAACGAUGAAAGCGAAGAUGAUGACUCGGAGAAUGAAGAUGAAAAUGUCAAUAUCAAUGCUGAGAGGACUAGAAGAAAUGAAGAGGGCAAUAGCUUUGAGGUCGAAAUGGCUGCCAUGUUUCGAGACCCUAAUGUGACAUCUAGGGAUAGGAACCAGUGGGUUAAGAAGCAGAUGUUUCACCUACAGGGGCAACGAGUCAGCAUCGUGGCUGAAUCCUUACAGCUCGAGAAGCAACGCCUCAAUUGGUUGAGAUACAGAAGUAAGAAAGACAUGGAGUUUGAGAGAUUGAAGAUUGAGAAUGAGACACUAAGGCUAGAGAAUGAGCAAAGCAUGGCACGGAUGAAGAUGAAGCAACUGGAAGUCGAUCUUAGACAUUCUGAUGCAUCGGUAGAUCCAAUUACUCUCGGCACUCAACGACCACAAGGAAAAGAGUAGCCGAUUGAUUUGAGUUGGCCACGUUGUAGAAUGGCUGACGCUUGAGUUCUGGUAUCUUGUAUCAUCAUCUGCAAUAAAACUUGUACAUUUUCUUGCUUUGGGUUCCUUGUUGUUCUCGCAUUCGCCCUGCUUGGAACCAUGCUUAAAUUAUAUGAACUAUGAAUCACUUAUUUGCUCCAACAUAUUUCUUGCUUCGUACAAAUAUUUUGUGCAUCACUAGGUGGUUUUUGGUUACUCGGGGAUGCAUUGAAGUUGGCUGUGAUUCUGAAGAAAUGUCAUUGAGUUCAGUGACAGCACAACCAUAAACAUUGUAAAGCUCCUAAGAUCUGUAAGCCUACCAACCAUCUCAGCAAUGUCUUUGGGAGGGUUAAUUUGGACACUGUUGGACGUUGGUGCCUUCAAUGGUUGAUAAUUCCUAUCCUUACACAAUUAGGCUAAUCAGGUGUAUGAUGCCUUCUCUGCAAUUAUGUUUAGUUUGUAGAAAUUGAUUCAAGCUUUGUUAUCUUUGAUACAUUAUCGAUCAGAUCAUAGUCUAAACUC